UAAAUGUUCUGAAGAGAUUACGCAUGUCUGGAGCGCUGUCGAUCUUGUUGCGGAAAUGUGAGGAUUUGGCAGUGUGGACUUUAGCAGAGAAGGAUGUGAGCAUAGACUGGUACCUACUGAGGUCCGACAGAUCGUUGUGAUAUUGAUUAUAGUAAAUCAAUAUCACACAAAGAGUGCCAUUUUUUUUCUCCAAAAAUCAGCAUGAUUACAUAUAGAUUUUUAUUAUUAUUAUUAUUUUUUUUUUUACAAGAUCAAUAAACAAGUUAAAUUAAGAGACUUAAAGGGGUGGUUUACUGCGAUUUCACUUUUUUCAUUUUAAAUAGUGUGUAAUGUUGCUGUUGGUGCAUGAACAGUAUCUGCAAAGUUGCUGCACUGAAAGUUCAACGUAAGCGGAGAUAUCGUCUUUUAAAAAUCAGGAAGUUUAAUGCCUACAAAAACGACUCAUAUGGGACUACAACGAGAUACUUCCCGGGUUGCAUACGUAAAAAACCCAUAAAUUUGCAUCAACCCCUCCCUCCGGAACAUGCCAAAGAGGGGGCAAGGCCAUGUUCUUCGGCUUUGUCGAAGAGGAAGAGUUAUAGUGGAGAGUUGUAGCCAUGCCGUCGAAACGGUGUUAUUUUCACCCAGCUGUCAGGUCUUCUGUGUUCGGGCUUCCUACAGAUGCUGUAGUUCGUCAACAAUGGUUAAAAUUUAUGUUUGAUUAUGUUCCUGACAAUUACAAUCCUAAUUUAGCUCUCUGUGCUGCGCAUUUUACGGAAGACAGCUUCCAGAAUCUACACGAGUUCAAUGCCGUAUUCACACAGAAACUAUUACUAAAACAUGGAGCAGUUACAACUUUAAAACCAGAGGCAGCAGUUGUUGGGCCACAACCUGUAAGUAAGAUUUCAUAAUUUUAAAUGUAUUUGCAUGUAUAAUUUCAGACAUAAUGUUUUAGUUUUAUCAAGGACGUAAACAAAUGCCAACGCUGGCUUUAGUAGCCAGUUAGUUAAAUGCUAUUUCGUGUGUCUAUGACAAACGCGUACAAACAUUUUGGACGCGAAUGUGUAAUUAUGUACUAAUUUUGUAAAUGUAUUUUCCAUGUAUACUUUAUGACGUAAUUUUUCGAUUUGAUCAAGAGCGUAAACACAAGCCAAUGCUGUUUGGUUAGUAUACAGUUAGUUCGAUGCUAUUUUGUGUGUAUAAGACAAACGUGUACGAACUUCAAAAAAUGAUAUGUAAUCACAACAGCAAACUUCCAUUCAGAAACGUUUUGUAAGAGCCGUGCUUGCGGAAGUUCUGCUUGACUCUCUUCAUUACCGCUUUCUGGGUCUGAUUCUGGCUCAAACUGAUAUGGCAAUAUUGACACCAUUAUUUACAUUUGACCGGAGCACAUGCAGCUGUCGCCCGUGAAGGUAAUGGGCGUGACGUUUCCGGACAAUGUGCAGUACGCAGUUUAGCCAAACACAACACACCGGCCCAACUGACCAAUCUGAGCCCAUCGCCUGUUUCUGAGGGAGUGGUUUCAUAGAAUCAGGAAGUCAACCGGUCGUUCAAAUGACAGAGGAGAAAGCGGCUUACAAUAAAGAUGUGCCUGAGCUUCCCAUCCUUACACCCACUGAUCUGCAAGAAGUGAAGGAGGAAACUACAGUCAAUCUGAGCUGCUCUGCUGAAGCCCCCUGCCCCAAACAACCUCCUACAAUAUCCUGGUCUAACAUCUCUGAAUCUGCCCACAUUAAAGCACAGUUACAGGAGAAACCUGAUAAAACCCAGUCAGUGUUUUCAUACGUGACCUUCAAAGCUUCAUACAAAGAUCACAAAAAGAACAUCACCUGCACUGCUACAUAUCCAAGAAAUACACCUGAUGCCUCAACUGUGAAGAGCACCGUGAUUCUACGAGUCCUGUUUUCUCCAAAAGAGACUCACAUCACCAUCGAUCCAUCUGAUUCAGUCUCUGCUGGUACUAAUGUGACUUUGACCUGCAAAAGCAAAGCCAGUCCAAAUGAAAUGAACUACACCUGGUACAAACGCGGACAGAAGAAAGAGCUGGAUUUUGGAGAACAACUGACCUUUAAUGUAAAUAGAAGAAGUGGAGGCUGGUACUUCUGCAGUGCAAAGAACAUACAUGGUAUGCAAAUAUCAGAAGGGAUCCUGCUGAUUGUAGCAGAAUCAUCGUCUUUAAUCAUUGGCUGUGUAGGAGGAAUUUUAGCAUUUCUGUUUAUAUUACUUCUGGUAACAAUUUUCCUAAGAGUGCAAAGAGUAAAGGCAUCCAUUAAUAGGGAAACUGACAUCUCAGAUCAGGGUCAGGAAAAACAUAUGCAUAUCAACUCCAUUUUUGAUAAUAGUGCUUUUGCGACGAGUGAAGAGCUAGAGAUGCCAAAGGAUGAGAACGAAAUCCAUUAUGGACAAAUUGACUUUUCCAAUCCCCAAACCAAAAGCGUCACAGUGAAGGCCUCAGAACAAGAGACGAUAUAUGCCGAGGUCAGUGGUUCAGGGAAAGAUUAGUUUAUAUUAGAAUAAACGGCUUAUGAGUGAAUGUGUAUAAAUGUGGUAUGCUUUGGCCUGUGUCAUAUGUGCAUUGUCAUCCAAUAUGGAAAUAUAUAUUUUUAAUGAAUUAAAAAAUACUUGGGUAUUAAGUUCUUUAUCUUAGGUUUCAUAGAAUUGAUUUAUUAGGAACACUGUUGUUCAAUCUUUCUGAGGACAAUUUUUCUGCAGUGAUUCCACAGUCUUCCAGUUAGGUGUUUAAAUGCCACAUAUGAAGCAUUCUGUAAUAGUAAAACUUUUUUUUUUCAGUUGUCCUGUUACUGCUCUGCUCUGCUUCACUCAUUCAUUCAUUCAUUCAUUCGCUUUUAUAGUUUUGAUCAUGACACAGUUAAUAAUAAAAACAUUCUUUUAAUUGUUAUUAUUUUUCAUUGUUGUUUUCAGGCAAAAUUUUGUGUAGAUUUUAUAACAAAAAGUGUAUAAUAAAAUAAAUUUCAGUCAGAGGAGCUGACCUCAAACACCUGUUAAAGUCAGGUUUUUUUUUUUUCAUGUUAAUAAAAAAAAAAUCAGUAUUACAUAUGGAAAUGUUGAAACUUUUCCUAUGAAGGUUUAAAUGCUCAUAGUUUUAUUUUAAGUUAAAGUUAAAUAUUUAAUGAUGGUAGAGUGUGUUUUGUUCAUGUUAGUUGGUUUGAGGUGAUGUAUUUUCUGGUUUUAAGAGAUUUAAUAAAAAUAAAAAAAACUAAUAAAGUAAUAAAAAUAAAAAUUCUGCUUUAUUUUAUGUUACCUGCAACAGUAAAGAUCUAGUUUGUAAUAUUGUAGUAUUUUGGUACACUUAUUACAGUAACAGUCUUACUGGAGCCACUUUUGAGGUGAAAUGUCUUGCUCAAGACAUAAUAUUAAAAGCUAUUUUAA